AUGGAUGCAUAUCUAAAAAUCAUCCAAGACCUCUCCCGGGACCACUUCGCCCUCACUAGGAUUCCUCGCUCGGAAAACACUCAGGCGGAUGCCUUGGCCGUGCUCACAUCAAGUUCGGAUUCUGGACUAAGGCGAGUAAUCCUCGUCGAGUUCGAGUUCAUCGAACACCCAAGCAUCGGACCACCAGUUGUCGCCAUUCUGAUUCGAGCACAAAUCGAAAAUGCGGAGGAAGUCGAAGACCCACCAGAAGAAAACGUGGAUCAGUCAGAAUACGGCUGCGACAGCCCAUGGCUAGAGCCAAUCCGAGCAUACAUAAUCAACGGAACGCUUCCCACUGAGAAAUGGGCGGCCCGCAAAAUCAAGACCCAGGCCGCGCGAUAUGUAACGGUUGAAGGAGAAAUCUACAAAUGGAGAUUCUUUGGCCCACUCAUGACCUGCGCCGAAGGCGAAAAAGCAAGAAGAGUAAUGGAGGAGGUUCAUUCCGGAUCAUGUGGGAACCACUCCGGUGGAAGAUCUCUCGCCGUGCGCGCCAACAAUCCAUCAACCCGCGGAAGUCCUCUCGUCCAUCUCGUCUCCGUAUCCCUUCAUGCGAUGGUCCAUGGAUAUCGUCGGGCCAUUACACAACUCGAAGCAGAAACGCUUCCUCCUGGUCCUCACGGAUUUCUUCUCAAAGUGGGUGGAGGCAGAUUCCUACGCAAGUAUCAAAGACGUACAACUUCGUAUGGAAGAACAUCAUCACCAGACACGGUCCCUUACGAAAUGGUGACAGAAAAUGGAUCUCAGUUCAUCUCUACCCGAUUCGAAGCAUUAUGCGAGAAGUGGAAGAUACGACUGACCAAGUCGACUCCCAGAUAUCUGCAGUGCAAUGGCCAGGCAGAGACCAUCAACAAAACCGUCCUCGACGGGUUAAAAAAGCGCUUAGAACCCAAAAAGGGGCGAUGGGCAGAAGAGCUCGAAGGAGUUCUUUGGUCGCACCGUACGACCCCGAGACGGGCUACGGGUGAAACCCCAUUCGACCUUGUUUACGGAACGGAAUGUAUGAUCCCCGUGGAAGUAGAAUUUCCCGGAGUACGGAGAAGAUUCCUCCCCGAACGAGAAGAUCUUAACAGCGCAAUGCUGCUAGACGAACUCGAUCUUAUUAACGAGCGGCGAGAUCAAGCUCUCAUACGGAUCCAAAAUUACCAGCACGCCGCCGCAAAAUACUACAACUCAAACGUUCGCCAUCGCAGGUUCAAAGAAGGCGACCUGGACCUGCACAAAGUCUUCCAAAACACUGUCGAACGUAACGCAGGAAAACUGGGAGCAUACUGGGAAGGUCCAUACAAGGUCAUAAAGGUAGUCCGACCAGCAUCAUACCAAAUCGUAAACAUGCAGGGCGUCAAGAUCCAAAGAACCUGGAAUGCGAUGCAUCUUAAGAAAUACUACCACUAA